AAAAGCUUCUGAUCAACUUAUGACCCGGUCUCUGACCGAAAUCAGAUGUUAUCAAGUCUACGGUGUCUAUCAGUCAUUCCUAUUUUGACGUCAUUCGAGGUCUUGGUUGAAGAUAACUUUCAUUUCAGCAUUAGGACGUCCACAGAAUCAUGGCUAGGCACAAGCAAUCAUUGCAUGGUUUGCAGAAGAAGAGAAGUAAGAUGCAGAAGCGCUACCUAUCGAGAUGUGAUGGGAGAGUACCAGACGAUGAUUUUAAGACAGUUCCAUCAGAUACACCUAUCAAAGAAUGCCCUAGAUCCGUACCAGAUCAUAUUCACCUUGAAGGUGUAGGUUCGGUUAGUGACAUCCCAAAGGAGAUAUUCGAAAGCGGUAAUGGAGGAUAUUGUGGAUCCGAGGCCGAUGCUGUUCAAGAUAUCUCGUUUAUGGAUUACAAUGAUACCAACAUCAAUGAGCUCAGCAAACUGGAGCUGCCUCCCGUUCAGCUCAGUCGAUGCGUGCAAUGUGGAAAGGAGAUAUCCGAUGUGAUUAGCAAGGACCAUCUACUUGAGUUAUAUGGGCGAGUUUGUUACGGAACUCAGUCAAUUUAUGACCUAUAUUCUACCCUUACUCGGUCUGCAAUAAUCGGUGGCUUCGGGGAUUUAGACUAUCGGCACGCCCGUGAAUCUACAUUUGGGUCAGCCUCUGAAGUCUCCAGCCCGGAAACAAUUUUCGACUACGAUCUAAGCGUAAUUUGCUGUUGGUGCGAAUACUCUCUCCUUUAUGGUAAUUUAGGGACCAUGGGCCAUUCACCAUAUUUCACCCCUAUUUCCAGUCCCGGGUCGGACAGCUCCUUUUUACAUGACCAUUAUACGACAAAAACGGUUACGGAUACAGACGAGUCGCUUGCGGAUGGGAACGGAAUACCGAUUUUCCCUCUCGCAGUCCAAUCUCAGGAUUGGCUAAAACAGCACGAUCAAGAAUUCGUGAAUGAAUGUCAAGCAGGUACUCCUGAUGAUCAAUCCAAGUUAAAUCACUGGAUCACAAGCGAAAGUCUUUGUGACAAUAGUCUAGCUGGAACGAUUACCUCGGCUACUACUGGGAUGGAAACCCAGGCACCCGUACAGCUCUCGGAAGAGUGUCAACCUGAGAAAAUUUUGGAAAAUGAAAAUCGACAGUCAGCAACGAGCAUCCAACCAAAUAGCGACCAGUCCACUGCAAACAAAAAGUCGUGGGCUUGUCCAUGGUAUAAAAAAGACUCACUGAAAUAUCAGGAAUGCUCAAAGUACAAGUUGCAACGCAUAAAGGACGUUAAACAGCAUACCUGGAGGAAGCACAUGAAGCCUGAUAUCUACUGCCCCGUAUGCUUCGAGCUGUUUGCAAAUGCGAACGAGAGAGAUGAACACGUACAACAAAAAAGCUGUGACUCACGGGCAAGGCCAGAUUUUGACGGCAUCUCCGAAGAGCAAAGAAAAGAGCUGAAUCAAAAUGCAAACCGCGGAAAAAACGAGGUGGAUCAAUGGUACUACAUGUGGGAUACUAUAUUCCCCGGGACGUGUCGUCCACAAUCUCCAUACCUUGGUAAAGGUUGGGAGAAGCUACUACCUCUACUUCGAAAUUUCUGGAAUAAGAACCAACCGAAAAUCCUUUCGAAAGCCCUUCAAGCCUCGGUACCUGUAUCCAACCCCCAAAACAUCCAGUGUGUCAUGGACAAGAUCUUUGAUCUAUUCGAGGCAGAAUCAUCGUACUGGGGAACCAACCCCGAAAUAUCACUUGAAGAUGUACCUUCAGAGAUUAAGCAUGAGGAGCUAUCAAUACCCGAAAAUGUUUUCACUCACGACUCGUGGGGCCUAGCCCCUGAAUUACAAGACAAUUUAUUAGAGCACCAAAUGAUGCUUGAACCCGAUAGUCUAGAACAAAUGAUAGGAAACCACAUCAACAUGGAUCUCAGCGCCGGCCUAAACGAUUGAGAUCUAGUCACAGAUAUAGAUCAGGCGAUCAAUCACGAUGGGAUCAAUGUUACCUAUGCUUCAUCAUGUUCAUCUAGAAAUAUCUUUGUAGAACAAGGACCGAAUCGAAAGCACUUUGAAUGAGAAACGACGUGUUCAUGGAUAUACCUAUGUAAUGGAUUUCUACCUCUAUUCUAGCGGGUUUGGAAGAAAGGGGAAUGAAAUGAAGAAAUUCGAAAUUUCGGGCUGGACCGGUGUAGAGGAGAGUGUAUAAGAUUGUAUAACUAUCCAAGUUGCGUGAUUUUCCUAUAUUUUUACAAUGC